AUGACCGAUUCGCUCAAGAUCGAAAGCCGGCCUAUCCCAGCCUUCUAUUGCUGUUACCUCCUCCGCUCCAAGAACCGAAAGGCCUUUUACAUCGGUAGCACACCCAAUCCGGCGCGCCGUCUAGGACAACACAAUGGCUCGAGCAAGGGCGGCGCAAAGCGUACAUCGAUGCAGGGGAAGCGGCCGUGGGAGAUGACGUGCAUUGUUACCGGAUUUCCUUCCAAGUUCGCCGCGUUGCAGUUUGAAUGGGCGUGGCAAAACACGCACGCGACACGACACAUUGAGCGAGAUGUGCGCGACGCGAGGCUAGAGGAGCUCUCAAAGGGCAGAAAGAAUACAUCACCUGUAAAGAGACCAAGACCACCAAUGUCACUAGAAGCGCGGCUGAAAAAUCUACACCAUCUUUUGGGUGUCGGGAGUUUCAGCCGAUGGCCAUUGCACAUCAGAUUCUUUGCCCAGGAUGUGUUUAAGCAGUGGGAGAAGCAUACUUCUAAGAUGAAGACGAAGCUGCGGAAGGACAUUACUAUCUGGGUGACGCCAGCUGAGCUUCCAAAGCUUGCGGCGGACGUACAAAGCGAGAUGCGAACUCAUUUCAUACCGGAAAUGAUACGAGCGAUUCCCGUUGCGUACGAGGAUUGUAAAGCACAUGUCGAAAAGUCAAGAAUGAUACUCGGAGACAACCAGAAGCGACUUUGUGGUGUUUGCAGCCAAGACGUGAGCUCUGACAAAUCGCUUGUGCUAGUCUGUCCCUUGGAAACAUGUUGUGCAGUAUCGCACAUGGCCUGCAUGUCGCAGAAGUUCCUAACAGAAGAGAGCAAUCCAGAUGCGUUCGUUCCAGUUCAAGGGACGUGCCCAGGCUGUCAUAGCUCUUUGAGAUGGUCCGACCUGGUGAGAGAGCUCAGUCUACGCAUGUACGGCGAGGAAGAGCUGAAAGCCAUGUUCAAAACAAGACGGAAGAAGAGAAAGUCAGAUGGAACCAUCGAGGACGAUGCGGAAGAGUUUCCAGAUAUAGACGAGCUUGAUGUCGACCUUGACGAGGACCUCGAUGAAACAUGGGUCGAGAACAUAAACGACGAUGAAGAUAAGCUACCAGGCUCCAACACCGGCUGA